GCGGACAUCUUUGUUAUGGGCAAAGAGGUGCAUAUGCUGAUAUAGAGUAAACGGGGUGUUAGAAGCUAUAGGAAGUUUAUUGGAAAGUAAAUUCAAUACAGCCACGUACGAGCUAAUGGAGGUCACUGAGCAGCAAGCAGAACGUGUCCCCGAGAAGGGGGCUGGGAGUACUGGCGGGCCCAUGCCGGGGAGAUGCAGUUACUUUGUACAGAGGAAGAGGAGAUAUUGUAAGAUGAUCGUGUCAGAAGGGAAGAAGCUCUGUGGUGAGCAUGCAGACAAUGGGGAGGAAUCAAACAACAGAAGAAGGAUUCCUUGUCCUCUGGACCCCAAACACACAGUGUAUGAGGAUCAGCUGAAAAAACACAUUAAGAAAUGUAAUUCCCGGGAGAAGCCCCAACCGGUCUUUUAUGUGAAAAAUAUUAAUUCUGGUUCUUUGGAUCUAGACACCUGCGAGGAACAGGUAAGCCUCAGUUCCCUGUCGAAAGAAGACCUGCAGAAUCUUACAGAAAUAUUACGAAGGGUCACCAGUGGUCUUGAUCCGCCACUGCCAGACAGAAAAUUAUGUCACUCUGCAUUACAAGAAGCAUUGAAUGACCCAACAAAUGGAGACACUGCCUCCAAGCAUCUCAAACAACAGGCUUCUAUUUUGGGUCAUUUGGAUAGGUUGGGUCUGUUGGGCACGUCCCACUGCUUUGUGGAGUUUGGAGCAGGUCGAGGGAAGUUAUCCCAUUGGGUAAACCUUGCCAUAGAAAAUGCUGAAAAUGUCCACUUCCUAUUGGUAGAGAGAGCCUCCACAAGGUUUAAGGUGGAUGGGAAGCAGAAAAAAUCCACUUUUGAGAGACUACAUAUUGACAUCCAGCACCUUUCUUUAGAUGAAGUCCCCAGCCUUGCUCAGAAACAGCUGCCAGUCAUUGGAAUUGGAAAACAUCUCUGUGGAGCUGGCACAGAUUUGGGUCUUCGCUGCCUCGUGCAAAAUUACUCUAAUCUAGUGAAGGAACCACAGUAUAAGCGCCUCAAGAUGGAUACUGGAGAACUUAAAGACAAUGCAGAAGACAAAGCAAUAAACACUUGUCCAGUCAAAGGGAUUGUUAUUGCCCUUUGUUGUCACCACCGUUGUGACUGGCACCACUAUGUGGGCAGAGAUUUCUUCCAGAAGCUAGGACUAGGACAGAAGGAAUUUGGAGUAUUUCAGCGCAUGUCAAGCUGGGCAACCUGUGGUUCCAGGACGGCAGGGAAGGUUUUAAUUGAGAAUGAGAAAAGAGAACCUGAAGAGACAGAAGAACAUGACCUAGACCUGAAAAACACAGACUGCAGUUUAGAGGGAGUACAAGGGCUGGCUUUGACUGUUGAGGAGAGAGAAAAUUUAGGACGUCUUUGCAAACUGCUCAUAGAUCACGGACGUCUAGAUUACUUGAGCAAUAUGGGCUACACUGCUAGUCUUGAAUAUUAUACAGAGCCGGAAGUGUCCUUAGAGAAUGUCCUGUUGAUAGCAGUACCUCGAUUGUAAAGCAAAAACUCUUAAAUAACUGUAGACUUUU